CUGUUUCCUGCCUUGGUUACUUUUGUACACUUCUGUCGUCUUAUCAUUCCCUGACACUUUGCUGUUAUCAUACAGCUUAGGUUCAGCAACGUCAUCACCCACGCAGCGACUGUGUCCCUCGGGACUGCAGAAUCCCAAUAGCACAGGGGUGAGAUGAUGAUGAGGAGGAUGCAUUGGUUCUGGCUGUUACCCCUGCUGGUCUCUUUACUUCCAGUGGUCACUGGAUGUCCGUCUCCUUGUAGCUGUUCCUCUGGAAUUGUGGACUGCAGCUAUAAAGACCUUACUAGUACUUCUUUGCCGUCCUCUUUUCCCACUUCCACCCAGGUGAUCCGUUUGGACCAAAACAACCUAUUGUUUAUUCCUAAUGGUCUUCUGGACCACCUUCCGAAUCUGCGUGAGGUCUAUCUCGAGCAUAACCCUUGGCACUGUGACUGUGACAUCCUUUACCUGCGUAGCUGGCUGCAAGGCCAGCAGAAGAAAAGUCUGUACCGGGAUGUGACUUGUGCAUCUCCCGAGCCCCUGGAAGGGAGAGUUAUCAUGUACUUAACAGAGGAUGAACUUGUGACCACCUGUCAAUAUUGGUACUGCAACCUUGCUCUGAUCUCCCAGCUCUGCCUCUUUAUCUUCAUCGUGGUACAAGGCAUUCUGUUAAUCUUCAUCAUUCUCUCUUUGCGUCGUUUCCAGAAGAUUGCUAGGGAAGCAAAGCGCACAGCCAAAGAACUGCAACAGAGCUCUGAAACCUACACGUAUGACAACAUCCCACUGUGCAACUAUGACAGAACAUGAGGAAAAAAUCAGUAUAUCUCUCCUUUAGUUCAGCGCCUGAUGGCCUGGAAAUUGAAUGAUCCCCUUUAGGAAGUAAAGUUGGAUGUCUGUUGAGGACUGGAAGUGAGAAAAAUGUAAUUGAAUCUGUUAAGAAAGACCUGCUGGGGACUUCUCGAAGGAGAACUAAUAACGGAUUGUGAAUUGAUUUAAUAUUAAUCCAAUAUAAUCUACUAAUUAGGUACCUAGAUCAGGGAUUGCCAACCAAACCCUCAGUCAUUUAAACUAAGGGCCAGCCACCCCACCACUGUUAUUAAAGGUUCAGUGCUUUGCGGCACAGUGACAUACCAGCAAAAUAUGGCCUGCGUGCCAUUUCUGGGUUGCCGACCCCUGACCUACAUCAUAUUACAGGUGCAAAAUUAUAGGAGUUUAACUGUAUGAAGAAACAUUAUAUAUGGUUAUAGAAGUACAUGUGA